UCUAUGCAACCACCAUUGCAAGUUCUUUACCUGUGUCUAUUUUUACUUCUACUUCUACUUCACCAAUGAUAAUGUCUAGAACUACUAGAGAUGGGAUGGAAUCACAACCCACUACCUCAUCCACCGAAUGGUCACAAGUAUGCCGUCACUUUGAAUUUCAAAAGAUUCUCUUGGCAACCAAUAACUUCGACGAAUCAUUAGUAGUUGGACAAGGGGGUUUUGGAAAAGUUUACAAAGGUAACAUUAUGAAUGGAUCAAAUGUCGUCGUUGCUGCCAUUAAACGGUUGGAUUCGAUGUCUGCUCAAGGAGCAAUAGAGUUUUGGGCGGAAGUUGAGAUGCUUUCCAAGUUACGACAUUGUCACCUUGUAUCUUUGAUUGGUUACUGUAAUUAUAAAAAAGAGAUGAUCCUCAUCUAUGAAUACAUGCCCAAUGGAACACUUGAAGAUCACCUCCAUAAACUUCGUACCCAUCUCUCUUGGAUUCAGCGACUCAAGAUCUGUAUAGGGGCUGCUCGUGGGUUAGACUACCUUCACACAGGUACAGGGAUUGAGUUUGGUGUUAUACAUCGUGAUGUCAAGAGUUCAAAUAUUUUGUUACAUGAAAGUUGGGCAGCUAAAAUUUCAGACUUUGGGUUGUCAAGAAUUGGCCCAACGAAUAAGCCAUCUACCUAUGUCAACACACUUGUUAAAGGUACUUUUGGGUAUCUUGAUCCAAAUUAUUUCUUUACUGGAAGGUUGACUAGAAAGUCUGAUGUGUACGCUUUUGGGGUGGUGUUGUUGGAGGUGCUAUGUCGAAAGCGUGCAGUGGAUACAAGUCUUGAUGAGGAGCAAUGGGGUUUAGUGACAUGGGCUCAAGAUUCUAUUAAAGAGGGAAAUUUAAAAGAUAUCAUUGAUCCUGAUAUAAGGGAUCAAAUAUCCACAAGAUGUUUGAAGGAGUUUGUUCGAAUUGUAGAGAGAUGUUUUCUUGGCAAUCCAAAGCAGCGCCCUACGAUGUCUGAGGUUGUGGUCAGUCUUGAUUCGGUGUUGACUUUACAAGAGAAAAUUAAUAGUUCCUUACAUGAUGCUGGCAGAACAAUAUUUGGAAGAAUGCUUGAUAUGUUUCCCUUCCCUUCCAAUGGAGAGACCUCAGCUCAUGGUGUAGCGAUUGACAACAAAUGUUUCACAAGUCCUACAAGUCUGAAAAUGUUUAAGUUUCUUGAUCUGCAAAGGGCUACAAGAAACUUUACUCAAGAUUUGCUCUUGGGCAGGGAUGGUUUUGGAGACAUGUUCUUAGGUUGGGUUGAUAAGAACACGUUCGGCCUUUCAGAGGGUGCUGGAAUUGUUGUUGCUGUUAAACGGUAUAAUCAAGAUCGUCCAGAAUGGCAAAAAGUGGUGACAGUCUUAUCACGGUUGACUCAUCCAAAUAUCAUUAGUCUCUUGGGGUACUCCAAUGAUAAAGAAGGCGAAUGCUUGGUCGUUUAUGAGUACAUGCAAAACCAAAAUCUUGAUCACUUCUUAUUUGGAGAUGCACGAGAUGUCUCAAAGCAACGUUCAUGGGGAGCACGACUUAAAAUAAUGAUAGGAGUAGCUUGUGGACUCGCUUAUUUGCAUUCAUCAGAAGACGAAGUCAUACACCGUGAUGUUAACACAUAUAAUAUAUUGCUAGAUCAGGAUUUUAAUGCAAAACUCGGAGGUUUUGAGUUGUCAAGAUUUGGCCCAGAAAUCCAGAAAACAUAUGUUUCAACACAUUUUAUGGGUACGCUAGCUUAUGUUGACCCAUGGUGUAGAGGGAAUGGUCAUGCAAAGAGUGACAUCUAUAGUUUUGGAAUAAUUAUGCUGGAAACCCUAACAGGCAAGCAUGCACUAAAUAUGAAGCGAAGCACUUUUGAAUUGCUAGCCGACAAAAGUGAGCUAAAGAAGUUAAUGGAUCCACGUCUUGAAGGAAAUUAUCCCCUAGAAGAGGCUUUCCAAUGCGCUGUAUUGGCGUUGAAAUGUAUAGCUAUGGAUCGUGAGGAUAGGCCUUCGAGUGAAGAAGUUUUGCGGAUCUUGGAACAAAUAUAUGUUAACAAAUAAUUAGAUAAAAUAUAUAAUUAUAUACUUAGACGUUAGGUUUUUCGACAAGGAAAAUAACUCAUGUUUUAGAAGUCUCUUUUAUUGUCCUAUUUAUAGAAGAUACUAAGUUACAACCCGUGAGAAUCAAGGAUAAAAAUAUAAUAUUUGUAAUUGGAGUUGGUUUCUUUUGAAUUAUUCAUUCAAUGGUAUCACAUUAAAUU